ACAAUACAUAAUUGAAAUAAUAAAUAAAUCUUGGUUGAAAACUUCGCAGCUUCCGCCCACUAUUCAUCAUCAUCAUCGUUGCCUCCGCUCGUCCAGAACUGUUCACUGCUCCGGCAGAACAGAUCGUUAACUCUUACUGACUUCCGGCCAAUGUAACAGUAGUAGCACACCACUAAUGAAUAGCUCUGGAGUACUUAAGUCGUCAAGUUCGGAGUUGGAUCUUGAUCGACCCAACAUUGAAGAUUACCUCCCUUCAGGAGCCGCCAUUCAACAAGAACCUCGCGGCAAGCUUCGCCUCCACGACUUGCUCGAUAUUUCUCCUACUUUAUCUGAGGCAGCCGGUGCUAUUGUAGAUGACUCAUUCACAAGAUGUUUCAAGUCAAAUCCUCCAGAACCAUGGAAUUGGAAUAUUUAUUUGUUUCCUUUAUGGUGUUUCGGAGUUUUUGCUCGAUAUUUGAUAAUAUUCCCCACAAGGGUUCUUGUGUUAACAAUAGGAUGGAUAAUAUUUCUUUCCUCCUUCAUCCCAGUGCACUUUCUAUUGAAAGGACAUGACAAGUUGAGGAGGAGUAUUGAGAGGUCCUUGGUAGAGAUGAUAUGCAGUUUCUUUGUUGCAUCUUGGACUGGGGUUGUCAGGUACCAUGGACCAAGGCCCAGCAGGCGUCCAAAACAGGUUUUUGUGGCCAACCAUACUUCCAUGAUUGAUUUCAUUGUCUUAGAACAGAUGACUGCAUUUGCUGUUAUUAUGCAGAAACAUCCUGGAUGGGUUGGAUUGUUGCAAAGCACCAUUUUGGAGAGUGUAGGAUGCAUUUGGUUCAAUCGAUCAGAAGCAAAGGAUCGAGAAAUUGUGGCAAGAAAAUUGAGGGAACAUGUCCAGGGAGCUGACAAUAAUCCUCUUCUCAUAUUUCCUGAGGGAACUUGUGUAAAUAAUCACUAUACAGUCAUGUUCAAGAAGGGUGCAUUUGAACUUGGCUGCACAGUUUGCCCAGUUGCAAUCAAAUACAACAAAAUAUUUGUCGAUGCUUUUUGGAACAGUCGAAAGCAAUCAUUCACUAAACAUCUGUUGCAGCUAAUGACAUCUUGGGCUGUUGUUUGUGAUGUUUGGUACUUGGAGCCACAAAAUCUAAAGCCAGGAGAGACACCCAUCGAGUUUGCGGAAAGGGUUAGAGACAUAAUCUCAACUCGUGCUGGCCUUAAGAUGGUUCCUUGGGAUGGAUAUCUGAAGUAUUCUCGUCCUAGCCCAAAGCAUAGAGAAAGAAAGCAACAGAACUUUGCUGAGUCGAUGCUGCGACGAUUGGAAGAAAAAUGACUGUACCUUUUGUAUAUUAUUCUUAUUUAUGCCAUUCUCCAGCUCUUUUUUCUUUCUUUUCUUUGUAAUUUUAUGCUACUAUUUAUAUUUAGGUUCAUAGGUUCUCAUUUUGUUAUGCAUGCAUCCAAAGAAAAAAAAUGUCCAAUAAAAUUUUGCAAGGAUGAUGAAAUUUUCCUGGACAAAUGAACGAAUAGGAGCUAGAUUUUUCAUGGAUGAAUAAUUUUGAUGAAGUUCUGGAUCACAGCCUUCAUACGUAUUGGCAAGUAUUUGUUCCCUUUUCAUGAAU